AGCGGCCGUGACAGAAACCGCAGUCAGCUGAUGCUCCUCCCAGCUGACUGCGGCGUCGGGCGUGCGUAGGAGCGUAGGUGUGUGGUCGAUUUUUGACUGUUUGCGAAUCAAAUGUUAGCUUCAAUCAGUCUCCAGUCAAGGUGGUCGGUUAAUUUGGCGGCCAGACUUUUGCACCUAACUGAAAGAGUAUAUUUUGGAGCUGGGAGUAAGCUCAGUGUGAGCAACAUGAGUGCACCAGCUCAACAGCAAACUGACAGAGGGAAGUGUGUCUUCUGCAGAAUCUGCGAUGGAGUUGAGCCAAAUAACAUCUUGCAUCAGGAUGAUGAAUUUGUGGUGUUCCCAGACAUCAGGCCGGCAGCUCCCCACCACUACCUGAUUGUCCCAAGGCACCACUACAUUGAUGUCAAGAACCUCUCGGCAGACCACAUUCCCAUGGUGGAGAAGAUGGUGUCUCUUAGCAAGGAAGUUUUGACAGCUCAGGGCGGUUGUGAGUCCACUGCCAGACUUGGAUUCCACUGGCCACCCUUCCACACAGUCAGCCACCUCCAUCUUCAUAUCAUUGCACCAGAGGGGGAGAUGGGCUUUAUAGCACGUGGGAUGUUCAAAAAGGAUUCAUUUUGGUUUGUUAGUCCUGAGACAGCCAUUCAAAGACUCCGACAGAAGAUGUAGCACAUAGUGCAGUACUCGAGAGUGGUGACUCCCAACAUUGUGCUUGGCACAAUCUAACCCUCCCUACAGAGUCUGUCACUGUCGUGCAAAUUUUUUCAGAAGAGGGCAGUUUGAUGAUUGAUGAUAAUAACAAUUUAACAAUAAAGACGUAGAAAGUCUUAGAAAUAAAUGUUAUAUGUGUGGGACAUUGAAGACGUGUUGAUUAAUCUGAUAUAUUUUUGUUUAAUUAUUAUAUAGAAAUGAUUUUAUAUAAGAUUUUGCACAUAUCUAACAUCAGUGCCAGGACUGUGAGCAAAAUAUUAUUUUUCCUAUUGCUUGUUUCCUUUGCCCCAAUAUAUUAAUUUUUAAAUUUAGUAAUGAGAGAUAAGUCUUACUAUAAAAAUAGAGCAUUUGCCAUAUAUUGUGAGAUUUUUCUUGCACUAUUACCAUCAGAUAUAGAAUUUAUUGCAUGGAAUAUUAUUAGAAAAUUAUUACUACAAAGUCCACUUCUGAGCCACAGCAUAUGAAAUGGAAUUUUUUCCCACAAAUGUUAUAAAUUUAACCUUUGUAACCAGUAUUUCAUUUAAAUAUUUUUUUUUAUUAAUUUUAGGCAGGUACUUCUAAUGAUGCAGCUAAUGUGAGUUUAAUAGAAGUAUGUCAGUUAAUGAUGGAAAUUAGAGUUUUUGGAAAAUAUUUUUAAAAUUUAGUCCGGUGAUUUAAUGUAGAAUCAUACUAUAUUGAAAAGAAAAUGAAACGGCUGUGAGUAUCAUGGUGCACAUUUUGAGCCAAAAAGUAUGUAGUGUAAAUGAAAGUUUAUUUUUAUAUUCUGUUUGUUUGAGGGAUAAUAAUUGCUGCAGGAAAAAGUCAACACACAUUUUGAUUUAAACUUUUGGUGCGGCUCUGUAAUUGUCGGAAUGCUAAGAAUAAUACCUAUGCAUUUAUUAAGAUAAAUAGAUAUUAUGUAAAUUAUUAGAUGUUUAAAAAUGACAAUAAUAUGCUUUACCACCAAAGAAUCACAUUGAUAAAUAAAGAAAAAUAGGAUGAAAAAGUAACAAAUAAUAAAGAAACAUGCUUUUGGUAUUAUUGCGACCUUUCUUACUGGAAAGAAAAUUUUGAGGUCCUAAGUGCAGAGCGGAAAAUACAUGGUGCUAUUUCAUCAUGAUGUGUUCCCAUGUUAUGUAAGGCCAGUGUAUUGACAUUAUAUAUACUGUAGUUUUGUAUUAGAAAUAUGUUUCUACUUUCCAUUGUUUAGUCAGAGUAAGGAGUAUGUUAAAAUUAUCUAUAAGAAGAAAUGUUAUAUUCCUGUUUUGGUGAUGUAUUCUGUAUAUUAUUUUGUGUUGAAGAUAUUUGUUUAUAUAAUUAUGUUGUAACUACUUUGAUCUUGUUAUGAUUUUCUUGAUCCAUGUGCCAUUAUGAACCAAAUUUUACAACAUAUCAUUUUAAACUGGCCAUAUUUCAAACACUAGUGUAUUUUGCAUGCACUCCACCCACCCCUCAGUUGGGUAGCCUGCCAUGGUCUUCCUGCUUUCUGCAGCCAUAGUCAGGACUGAGUGACUCUGCAAUGGGUGAAGAGGAACUUUAGGACAUGUCCACACUGCCCUUCACUGUGAAACAUACAUUCAGUCUCUUCCAUUUACACCAAACCCAUCCAUACUAAUACACACUCAUAAUCACACUUCAUCUGUACACUAAAUGCCUCCCCACUCAUUCAAAACCUCAUCCUCCCAGCAAUAUAGAUAUACCCAUACCUGUACCAAAUAACAAGUAUUACAUUAGAAGUGUGCAUAAUUGAUGUCACAGGGAGGACAAAACACAGACAAAUAAUAUAUGUUAAGGUGUAAGUUGUACAAGUGUAUAAUGUGACAGUUAGUUGUGUCUUUAGUAGUAGUAUUUUAGAAUAUACAUUUAUUUCUUGUAAGUUAAAGUAGGAGUUCAAUCAGGGAGUAAUUUGACUUUUUUUUUUUUUUUACACAUUUAUGAUGAAAACUUUUUUUUAAACCAAAGAACUGUAUUUCUGGCUUCUUUCCAGAUGGAACCUUAACCCUGUGAAUAUUUUAAGAACAAUAGUUUCUUUUCUGUGUUCUGAGUUUUAAAAACUUGAUUCAUAGAUUACCUCAUGAAAAAAAACUAGUUUUUAUUAUCCUUCUAUCAUUUUUAAGAAACAUCUUUUUAGAAUGGUAACUAUUAUUGACUUUUUCAUUAUAAUUAAUUUCAUUGUUUCACUGUUAUGUCAAAACAUGAACCUCAUUUUAAAGUAAAAAAUACACAUCUUAAAGCCAUCAUAUUAAAAUAGAAUAUCUUAUGUAAAAAUUGGCUAACGAAGAGGAGAGAGAAAAAUUAUAUGCUAUGGUGAUAAAAGGU